AUGAAGCUGUUUCUGGUUCUCAUUAUGCUGCCCUUUGAGGUCCUACCAGCAGAUACGGCACGACCCAGGAAAUGCUUUAGUAAUAUAACAGGCUACUGCCGGAAGAAAUGCGAGAUGGGGGAGAUCUAUGAAGUGGCAUGUCGAAAUGGGAAAUUAUGUUGUGUUAAUGAAGGCGAAAACAAAAAACACAAGAAAGCCCCAAAGUCACCUUCCUUUUUGGUACAGCCUGAUGGGAAGACGGACUAUGUUAUUUUACCCACUACCACACUUCUUACAAUCCAGAUAUGAAUCAGGGGCUGGCUCCGCUGGUCUCCACUCUUCUUAAACCAAAAACGCCACCUCUUCCGACA